AUGGCAAUUAACGUUGAUAUAAUGAAGGCUUAUGAUUCUGUGUCUUGGGGUUUUCUUUUGAAAAUACUCCAAGGUUAUGGUUUUAGUAACUACUGUUUUGGCUUCUACAAGUUAUCUCAAAGGUUGAAUGCUACAGUUCAAAAUGGUAAUUUGGAAUUGUCUCACACUGCUGUGAAGGCAAAUGUGGAUAUUAGUCAUACAUUCUUCGCAGAUGACUUGUUAGUUACUUGCAAGGCUUCCAUUGUUAAUGCCAGAGUUUUAUCUUCCAUCUUUGCAAAUUUUGGAGAUAUUUCUGGCCUAAAGAUUAGUCCACAUAAGAGUAGUAUAAUUUUUUCAAAGGGGGUGAGAAGGAAAAGGGCUGUUUUGCAGCUGUGGCAGUGUAAAGAAGAAUGUUUACCUUUGAAGUACCUGGGAAUUCCCUUGUGUUCUACUAGUAUAAAGAAGGCUCACUAUGUAGCUCUUAUUGACAAGGUAAAGCAAAAGGUUACCUCUUGGAGUGCUAAUUUGCUCUCAAUAACAGGGAAAGUGGAGUUAAUUCGAACUGUUAUUACUCCUCUUUGUUUAUACUGGUGUAGUGUUUUUCAAAUUCCUGUUACUGUACUUAAUCAAAUUCAAAAAGUAUGUAGAGAUUUCAUUGGGGAAGUACGGAGAAUGGGAAAAAGAUGCAUCUUUUGA